AUGGCAUUUCCCUUCCUACGGGCAUUUGUUGCGCUAUUUGUGUAUCGCUACUUUCGCCUCGUGGUCAACCUGAUUUCCUUCUGGUCAUUUAAGCCGAUCCCACCUCCAGAAAACCCGAAAUUGACUUCCCAAGAUGUCUCGGUGAUCAUCCCCACUUUAGAAGGCUGUGGCGAUGAGUUGGUCGAAACAAUCCGUUCGAUUUUGGAAAAUCAGCCCUUUGAGAUUCUCCUGGUGACAAUCGAAGCCAAUAGGAAGAAGGCCGAGAGAAUGCUGAGCGUGAUGCCAGCCUCCAAGUCCCGAAUUCGCCUCUUUACCGUCACCCAUCCCAAUAAGCGCCGUCAGAUGACCAGGGCGAUCCCGGAGGUACGUACGGCAAUUACUCUGCUUGCCGACGACGACGUUAGCUGGCCUUCUACCGUGCUUCCCUGGAUUCUAGCUCCAUUUGAAAAGGAUGAUCGAUACGGAGGAGUGGUGACCUGUCAACGAUUGCGUCGAGCUAUUGCUCCAACCCUCUCACAGCGCGUCUGGGGGUUCCUGGGAGCUUUGUAUCUAGAGCGACGCAAUUUCGAUUGCGGGGCUACGACCAAUCUGGAUGGAGGAUUACCAUGCAUGUCCGGGCGGACAGUAGCAUAUCGAACAAAGAUUCUCCAGGACGAGGGUUUUACUUAUGCCUUUACUAAUGAGGAAUGGUGGUGCGGGAAAUACCAGCUCAAUGCUGACGACGAUAACUUCAUCACCCGCUGGAUGGUCUCGCACGGCUGGGAGACUUAUAUGCAGUAUCACCCCGAAGCAGAGGUGCUCACAACACUCGAAGAUAACCCCCGAUUCCUGAAGCAAUGCGCACGUUGGUCUCGAAGCAAUUGGCGGAGCAAUCUCACCAGUAUGUUCCACGAGAAGCACGUCUGGUACCGUCAGCCAUGGAGCGCCUAUGCUGUCCACUUGACCACAUUAUCGCCUCCGGCCCUUUUAGGUGACCUACUACUGCUUUGGUUGUGUCACCGAGCGACCCUCCCACAGGGAGACCUUCUUCACGAUCGUGCAAUGAAGGCGCUUAUCCUAUGGGUCUUCACUAGCAAAUUCAUCAAAUUGGUUGGCCAUUAUAUUCGGUACCCAGUUGAUGUGAUGUUAUUGCCUGUGUCGGUGCUAUUCGGGUAUUUCCACGGUGCGAUCAAGAUGUACGCGGUGAUGACCCUCAAUGUGACAACAUGGGGUAGUCGUGACGGUGCUGAUGAUUACGAUGCUGAGCGUAUGAAGAAACGUACCGAUGCCGAUCGCAGAAAGCAGCCCUACUACCCAAGCUACCUUACUAAAUAA